CCCUGGGGUUUGCCCUGACCUUUACUGUACCAGCCAGAGAGGAGGCAGGAGAGGAGGAACCCUGGGCUGGAAAUGCGUGAGUGUGGGCUGAGGUGUGAGGGGCUCAGUGCUAAGGUGGCCAGCCAGGUCAGACAGCUGAGGAGGAGGCAGUGGACAACCCCUGGCUCUUUGGCUCCAGGCACCUCUAGGGAGGGAGAGUAGAUGCCUGCUGCUGCCGUUACCCAGGGUGUACCCCUCAGCCUGGGGGCCCUGCCUGGCUCCAGCCUCCCCCUGCUGCUCCACCCGCUCCACAUGGACUACUGUAGGCUAGGGGACCACAGCAGGGGCAGGGGACUCAUUGUCAUAGGGAUAAAGCUGGUCAGAGAGAGGAGCGUUUUCUCAAUCCCUUCCCUCUUCACCCGAGGCAGUCAAGGAGGAGCCAUUGCAAGUCAGCUGAGGCACUGUGCUUCAAAUCAAUCAUGUGAACCAUUUGAGUUGUCUUCGUACCAGUCUUCCUGUGGAGGAGUGACCCCUGAGAGACGCCUCACCUGCUGGUCUGACACUCAGAGCUGUGCUACAGGCCUCUCUACUGAACAGAGCUCCCUCUACUCAUGGAGAUACGAUGAGUUUGACAGAGUGAACACCCAGCGUGUGCAUCAGCUGUUCAGUGAUGUGGACGAGCUGCUCUAUGAAGGGAGGGUGAACAGCAGCAGCUCCCUGCUACUACAGGAGGAGUGUCAGGAGUGGAACGGACAUUCCCCACACCUCAGGAUUCUGGGUUAUCAGCUGGAGUCGCCCAAUCAGGAGGGGUUUCAGUACAUCCACAGGAGAGUGGUGGCCAGCGGAGGGAGAGGGAGUGCAGUGCUGCACCCGUGUGUGGACAAGAGGGAGGACUCUGGAGAGUUAUAUGUUGAAGGUCAUGGUCUUUCCCCAACUCCCUGCACAUUGCAGGGGGCAACCCCUCCCUCCCACUCUCUCUGUGAUCACUCCUCCCUUCUACAAGAAGAGGUCUACGAGGCAGAGGGAAGGAUGGAGGAAUUUCUUGCCUAUGAUGCCAAAGACACGGAGGAUGAGUGGGUGGGUCAGAGAGGAGCCUGGGGGUCUGCUGGGGCGGGGGCGGCAGGGAGGUCCGGGGUUCCCCCUGUGUCUCCCCACGCCUGUAUCAGGGAUGCCGUGGCUGACGAGGCCUUUGAUGACGUGUGGAGGGAGGUGGUGAACUCUCUGGGGGAGCUCCUCCACAAACACUGGCAGAGACAAAUCACUGGUGGAGCAGGUCACAGAGGAGCGUUGGAGGCUCUUGGUGGAGUCCUGGGUGAUCCCUCUCCUCACAUCAACAGUACAUGUCAGCGUGUCCCUCUCUCCAGGGGCUCCAACACACAUAGCAUGCUGCUGUGGUCCAACUGUUGCCCCAGCACACAGGCCUCUCAGGUAUUAUCAAGCGCCUUCAAGAUUAAUUUAAACGGUGUUAUGACAAUCCAAGCUAAGCCUCUUCAACAAAGACAACACGGAUUUGCAGAGAAGUCUCAUUAUGAUCUGGAGGACAGACCCAGAAGAGCUCCAGCCCCCACUGUGUCUCCAUCCAGGAGAGCAUGUAGUACUUCCUCUCACAGAGCCCCAGCUCCAGCCCCAGGCCCAGGCCCAGCUCCAGCCCACAGAGGCCUACCCCUGCCCAGGCUCCGUAUCUGCUCCAGACCCAGCUCCACCUUCACAAGUACCAGCUCCAGGGGCAGGGCCAGGAGCUGCCUCAUCCCCAGACAUACUGUCCCCAGACACCAGGUCAUCAGAGGAACCAGACUGACCACAGUGACAGAAGGACAGCCGUCCCCUAUCCUCAGUUCACUACAGAACCAGAGGCUCCUCCCCCUUCUCCAUGCUGACCAAUCAGAGCUGGAGCCCUCAGUGUCCACUGCUGCACCCAUGCAGCUCAGGGGGAGGAUUCUGCAAGGACAUGCCACUGUACCCAUCUCCAUCCUUCCACCCCUCAGAGAGCCCACUCCGCUGUUGGAGUCCCUGUCUCGUCCCAACACCACACACACACUCCGGUCAGACACACCCAUGAAGCGAUCAUUCACUCCCAUGGAUUUCACCUGCCACAUGAAGACUGGGAAAGGACCUCACUCAGGUGACUGUGCUCUGAUUGGAGUGACAGGCUUUGGCGUGGGCAUCACCUGCUCCACCUCCAGCGGCUUCUCCGAGAGCACCAUGACAACGAGGAGACGCCAGCGCCCGCCAUCCUCCUCUGUGGAGGGAGAGAGUGGGACCAGACCCCUGCUCUUAGGUGUUCCUCAUCAACGUAAAGUGUUUGGUCGGUUUCCUGGGCAUGUGAAGAAGAGACUCCAGGUGGUGUUGUCAUAGCAGCAUAGUCCGGACAGGAAGACAGGAAGAACAGAAUGCAUCAGGAACACCAACACUUUAAUUAAUGGGUGUGACUAGAUGGAGUACAGCUACGGAUGAGAUUUACCAUUGAACUACCGCAAGAGUUUGGAAGCCAGUCGGAGUUGGAUAUCACUUUUCAUUGCUAUGGCGAUAGCUAGCUAGCCUCCCAGACAGUGGCUAUCUAGAGGUAGAACAGCAAUGUGCAGAUAGCGUGUGGACAAUAAGGACAGAGUUUUCAUUUGAAAAGACCACAUUUAGGCUGCAACGGCAUUUUGCAGGACAAAUCUGCUUGGUUAUAUUGUAUCUGCCGUUUAAUUAGAUACAUUGUAGUUUAUUUUAAAAUGUGCUUAAUGAGCCAUGUUAGGAGGAAAAGCAUGAACUAGGUCCUACUUGUAUGUUUUGUAUAGAAAUGUCACAGUGUCUUGAAUACCCUAGGUUUUUCAAGGAAUGAUCAUUCAUUCAAAUAUUAUUUUGAAGUUGUAAAGAUAUAAUUUUGUGUUAUGCAAUAAAUGGCUAUUUCUGUUA